AUUGCGUGUGUUUUCUUUGAUUAUGUAAGCUUAUUUUGCAAGAAAUUUUAGUGGAAGUGCCUUUUUGAUAGACGUACGAUAAUUUUGUUCAUCGGUACGAAUGGUUCGAUAAUUUUAACACUCAAAUACGAUAAUUCUCAUCCGCUCACCUUGCAACACUGAUUUGGUUUGAUUUGACAAAUUGACAUUCUAACCGAAACGAUAACCCAUGUUGAGCUAAGAAUAUUAUUUACUACAAUAUUUUACAUAAUUUGUUACAUUGCUUGGUUACUAGUACGAAUAAGAGUACUCCUAAAUCACAACUUUAUAAUGUUAUGCUGAUGUUCACGAUUUAAAUGAAACAUGGGAACUCAAGGAGCCAAUAUCCUAAAUCCAACAUGGAUGAGGCUAGAGGGUGAUUUUGAUGAGCAGGUGGCCUGCCUGUUCCAAUAUGUGCGGCUGUCCCGGGAGGAGGUGGAGAGCUUCCGUGGCCUGUUCCGGGAUGUUGAGAAUACACUGAGGACACAAUGGCCAGGCUGUGAAGUGAUCCCCUUCGGCUCCGUGGUGACGGGCAUGGGCAUCAAGACGAGCGACGUGGACUGCUACGUGCACAUCCCCGUGUGGUUCCGCAUGGCCGGCGACAACCUCGUCAUCAGCGCGCGCAACGUCCUCCGCCGCCGAGCCAACAUCUUCGCGCAGCUGUUCGCCAUCGCCAACGCUAAAGUCCCCAUCGUCAAGUUCCUCCACACCCCCACUCGGACAAACUGUGAUUUGAGCUUCAAAAGCCCUUCAGGUGUCAGAAAUAGCAAGCUGAUAUGCUAUCUCCUCCACUUGGAUAGAAGAGCGCUCGAUCUCGCUAUACUAGUCAAGUAUUGGUCCAAAGCCCACAAUUUAACGGGCACGAAUUUAAUGCCGAAUUACGCUUUAACGUUACUAGUAAUCUUCUACCUCCAACAUAUAGAAAUAUUACCUCCGGUGUGUGAUCUACAGAAGCUCGUCCCUUAUGAUUAUGUCGACAAUUGGAAUACUGCGUUUGAGGAACGCGAGCAUAGGAACAAUAAUGAAUGGUCGCUGCUGCAGAUUUUAGGCGGUUUCUUCUCCUACUACAGCAGUUACGACUUCGAGAACAGUAUAGUAUCUCCGUUCCUCGGGUAUCCUAUAGUCCGGGAGUGUUUUAAGAAGUUAAGUGACGUGCCAGAGGAAUUCGAUCUAUAUAAAGAUUUGUAUAAAAAUGGUAUGUGUCAGCCGCUGAAAUUGGAUACACCGAUGUGUGUGCAGGAUCCGUUCGAUCACAGCCGGAACUGUACCGUCGGGGUGUUCUUCAAGUUGAGCCGGAAAGUGUGUUCGUAUUUCAAGUUGGCGGCCACGCUGUACGAGAGCAAGUCGAGCGCCGAGUUCCUGCGGGCGCUGCUGCUGACGGCGGCGGGGGUGGGCGCCGGGGCCAGCCAGGCCAGCCGGGCCAGCCAGGCCAGCCGGGCCAGCCGGGCCAGCCAGGCCAGCCGGGCCAGCCGGGCCAGCCAGGCCAGCCAGGCCGGCCAGGCCGCCCGGGCCUCCCUGCACGGCAAGGUGAGCAAGCCGCAGCACGGCCAGGGCUUCAAGACCCUGAAGAAGGCGGUGAGGAACAACAUACAAGCCUUGUAUGACCACAUUAAUAAGAAAAGAAAACGAUAGCUCAUUAUUGAUUUGAUAGCGAUUGAUUGGAGUGGUUUCAAUGGGUUGAAUUGAUGAUUAUGUGAUAAACAUGGGUUUUUAAAUAUGUUUCAUCGAUUUCGAAAUAUGUUAUAUAAUUUUUCAACUAUGGAGUUGCCGUCAAAGAUAAUGUAUACGUUAUCACAGUGGAAUAAACUCUUGUUUUGGAUUGACUCAUUUGAUUAUAGUUUUGCUACACUACUUACUCAUUCUCAACAUUGUGUUGUGUGGUAGUAUUUUUAUUGUUUAUCGUAGUAAUUAUGUACGUGAUAAUUUGUAAUAAAUGCGGACUCCGACUGUCCGAUGGGUAAUACGGCAGUAGUGAUACGUUUUACUACUAAAGUGUACUCUUGUCAAGUUAAUAAAUAAAUGUGUUUAAACUUUUCUGUAUGAAUAUCACUAAGACAAUGAUAAAGUAAUUGUUUAUCAAGCCGAGUCGUCCGGUCGGCGAGCGUUACUACAAAAGCGUAUUUUAAAGACAAUAUUUUUACAAGUUGAUUUUAGAUAAAAUUAUCCCAAUCAUUGUGAAGGAUAAGCUGUGAUGAUUGAAUUUGUUUUGUAUUUGAUAAGUAGGUUAAGCCAAAAACACAUUUCCUCAAAAUGUGGCUUCUAGGAUAUUAAAUUGAUGGAGAAUGUACGAGAAUAAUAAAUAAAUAAUAAAACCUUUUCUACAAA